AUGUCCGGCGCGUACAAGGUGGUCCGCCUCGGCAGCCGCUGGGGUUGCCAUGUUGAGCAGACAUGCGAGGUCCUCACGCUGGGAGGCGGCGGCGUCGAGUGGAGGCGCUCGCAGCCGCCCCAGACCCGGAUCCGUGCCCGGUACUGCCAGAGCUCCGUCGCCGCGGCCGCGGUCAAUGGCGUCAUGUACUUCCUUCGCGACUUUGACUACUACACGGUAAUACCGCAGGUAGAUGAUGAUGGAGAUGACUAUUAUGUACUAUGCUUUGACCUUGAAAGCGAAGAGUGGAAGAAGAUGAUCAAAGGGCCAUUGAAAGUGAGCGACGAGUCGUGGACGAGCACGGAGGCAACCGGGUUAGCCGAGCUCAAUGGCGCCCUAUAUAUGGUUCAACUCGAAGAGACAUUUGGCCAUCCAAGCACGAAUAUAUGGCUCUUGGUUGAUCCCAAGGAGAGCAUAUGGGUCAAGACCUACACAAUAUCCAUGGCCCGAACCACUAGUCUUGUGGUGCCGAGGGUGAUGUCACAUGGUACAAAGCUGCUGAUUUCUAUUUUUCGUGUUUACAACUUAGGCCCGACGUUGCAGGUCUACGAUGCCCGUACCGGGUUAUGCAUCGAUGUGAUGAAGACAUCGAAUAACCUCUAUGGUGGAAUCGGUCUUUGUAGCUUGCACAUGCAUCAUUUUGUCUCGGCUGAGAUCUAG